CUCUCUCUCUCUCUCUCUCUCUCUCUCUCUCCCUCUCCCUCUGUCUCUCUGUCUCUCUCUCCAUCCUCUCCUCUCCACUCCCGCGCAUCACAGCCUGGUGGUGGUGGGCUUUACCCGGACUGCACCGCAUUGCUGCUGCUGCUGCUGCUGCUGCUGCUGCUGUCGACCCAACCCACUGAACUAACGCACCAACACACACACACACACACUCUCCUCUCGGGUGCUGGGAACUGAAGCGGAUUAUGUGAGUGUGGAUAUGCAACAAUUCCUCCUCUGCCUCUCGCUGCGUCCCCUCUUUUGCGCAGCCGGACUCUGAGUCGCUGUCCUGCUCGGUGAUGUCAAGACUUCUGGAGCAUUGGAGGUUUUUUGCAGCUGCAGCGCCGGUGCACCACUGAGCUGGGAUAGAGCCCGAGUAAAAGUCUGCAGAGCUACUCCCCCUCGCCCCCCACCCCUGCAUGCAGCGGAUCACUCGUAACCGUGAGCUCCCCUGGGUGCUGCUUCCAACAUGGGUGUUGACUGAAUGGAAGAGUGUCCCCGCGGCUGGCACAGAGGGAUGAGGACGCACUCGUGAGGAUUUAAACCCUGCGCUCAACACAUUUUCCUGGACCAUGAUUCUGCAGCCCAGGACGUUGUUUGUGUUACUGGCCCACGCACAUGUUUUAGUAUCUUUGAGGAAUAAUGGGGAAGUGCGGGGCUACGAGGACGCCAACGUCGGCGCGUACUCCGCCAGGACUUUCCACGCGUCACUGCGGGAGAGUCACCAAAGCAGAGCCAGGGACCGCGCGCUCUCGGCGGGGUAUGCCACAGGUGCGUCCUCGGCGGAGCGGGCGAUCUCCAGGGGGACCCUUAACUCCACUCACCCCUGGAGGAGAGCGUCAAUUGCGGGUGAGACGAGGCGAGUGGGACACAACAAACGCGACUUCAAUAGGACUGUGACACCCAUGGAGGAUCCCCACGCCGUCGCACAUUGGGACGCGACGCGCCGCCACAAUAAGAGGAUAAAGUUGAAUGGCGCUCUUGAUACUACGAGGACGCCAGCAGGUGGACACUACAAUGCGGCUAAGCCCUCCUCAAUGGGCCGGGGAGGAGGGGGCCCCGAGGACGGCGACAGGCACAAGAGGGGCACAAAAGACGAGCAGAAGAAAGGAUGGAAGAGGGGGAGAAGCCGGCUGAACAAAGGCGUGGUGCCUCUGGCUCAACCCCACACGUCGCCGUGGGAACCCAUCCCCAAGCCGGUGGCCCUCACCUCCACCGACCUGCCCUUUGACCUCUUCACCAGGAGGCCCGAGUUCUUCACGUUCAGGGAGGAGAACCCCUGGGACGCCACGCCGAUCACGCCCCCCAGCUCGCAGGACUUCGGCGACGAGAUCAAGAACCCCUUCUACCCGGUGACCAGCGAGACCUACGGCGCGUACGCCAUCACCUGCGUGUCCGGGGUGAUCUUCCUGGUGGGCAUAGCAGGCAACAUCGCCAUCCUGUGCAUCGUGUGCCAGAACUACUACAUGAAGAGCAUCUCCAACUCUCUGCUGGCCAACUUGGCCGUGUGGGAUUUUGUGCUCAUCCUCUUCUGCCUGCCCAUGGUGGUGUUCCACGAACUGACCAAGUCCUGGCUGCUGGGGGAGUUCACCUGCAAAGUGGUGCCAUAUGUGGAGGUGGCGUCUUUGGGCGUGACCACCUUCACCCUGUGCGCUCUGUGCAUCGACCGCUUCCGCGCAGCCACCAACGUCCAGAUGUACUACGAGAUGAUCGAGAACUGCACGUCUACCACUGCCAAGCUCGCCGUCAUCUGGAUUGGCGCCCUCCUUUUGGCCCUCCCUGAGCUCCUCAUUCGACAGCUGGUGACGGAGGACACGGGAAUCCCAGGCGAGCCUCCCGUCGAACGCUGCAUCAUCAGGAUAUCCACCUCGCUUCCUGACAUGCUGUACGUGCUGGGCCUGACCUACGAGGGCGCUCGUCUGUGGUGGUGCUUCGGCUGCUACUUUUGUCUACCCACCCUCUUCACCAUCGGGUGCUCGUUGGUAACGGCGCGCAAGAUCCGGCGGGCGGAGCAGGCCAGCGUGCGCAGCAACAAGAAGCAGAUUCGGCUGGAGAGCCAGAUGAACUGCACCGUCGUGGCGCUGGCAAUUGUCUACGGUGCGUGCGUGGUGCCUGAGAACAUCUGCAACAUAGUUUCUGCAUACAUGGCGGCCGGUGUUCCCGAGCACACCAUGUCCAUCCUCCAUCUUCUCUCCCAGCUGCUGCUCUUCUGUCGGGCCGCCGUGACGCCGGCGCUGCUGCUCCUCCUGUGUCGUCCGCUGGGCAGGGCCUUCCUAGACUGCUGCUGCUGCUGCUGCUGUAACCACGUGCCCUCCUCGGCCACGGCCAGCGACGAUAACGAACACGAGUGCACCACCGAGCUGGAGCUGUCGCCAUUCAGCACCAUCCGCAGGGAGCUGAGUAACUACACACCUGCUGGCUCCAACUGCUAAAGUGACAUUCCUCAUCAGGGGUGGAGAUUUCACUAGCCUGCCUGUGGCUAGCAGCUCUCAGACUUGGCUAGGAGAGAUUUGCCUUACCUCAUCUGGUCACAGAAGGAAGUUAGACACUGAAUAAUCACGUUCAGCCAGUGUCUUUCAGCCCCGCACUAAUACUGGACAUUUCCACUAACUGUAUAACCAUUACUUCCCAGGAAAGCUAACAAAAAGCUAAAUCUUCUCUCCACUCAUGCCCUGGGGUGCUCUUAAAACAGGGUCAUAUUUUUAGCAAUUGCGCCUGAAACCUUACAAACCUCCCUUCUCUUGACCUUGUAUGCCUAAAUAUCUUCUGACAGUGGGGGUCUCUAUGGAAUCAACUUAAUUUCUUUUAAUGAACCUAAUCCCUAGGCUGAAAAACCGAGCAAGGAAAAAAAACUGCUGGCCUCAUGGUAUCAGUGACAGGUAAUAUUUAUGCUGUACAACGUACAAAUGAUUGCACAGAAUGCGUCACAAUAAAUUCUUAAAGUUAAUAAAAGGGGCUGUGAUAAUAAAUGUGUUUGGCCACCAUAAAUAAUAUUUACGUGCAGGAAACUGUGUUGCAAAUCUUAAGGGAGAGAAAAAGUACUUUAAAUCACUUUCCAAAAGUGUCACUGAUGAAAUUAUGGCGACUAAGCUAAUUAAUCAGAGAGCGACCGUGUACAGUAAUACAGCAUCCAGUCGGCAGACACUGCCUAUAGAUGUGCAGGACUCGCUUUACAGAUCACAUCUGCUGCAAAUGGACAGUUCAUAAAAUGGCGUGCACGUGGGAACAAGGCUUCUGAUAAUUAUACUCGCAGAGGACGUCUCAGCGGUACUGGCAGUUUGCAAGAGGAAAACACAAAGAAGACGCUUCGCGCUGGAGAAUCCAAAUGUACACAACACUUACACUGUAUAUUGAAAAAUGUCCAGUUGACUCACACAUAACUGGGCUGGUCUCAGAACAACAACACAGACUGGGCUGGAAUUAAAUGCUCUGGAACGGACUAAUUGAAAUCACAUCAGAGUUGAACGGAGAGGAACGGAAUCGUGACAGAUGAAACUGAUUGAAGUGAAUAUGAAUAAUGUGGACAGUAAUGGAACAUAACACGGCGAUGGAUAAGUGAAAGGGAUGGACUCGGCGUGAAGUGGACUGAAAAUGGAUAUCUGCACUACACUGUUGUAUCAUGUUACGCCUUUACACUUUGGGCUGUAUAUAAACUGUACACUUUCUUCGGUGCUCUUAUGAUGAAUGCGCUGUAAAUAACAAAUCCAUCGGUUCGACUUAGAAUCACAAGUAAUUGAGCUGCGGACUUUGUCUCAGGUCAAGAAGACAGAUUGCAGCUAUCUGCAACUCUGGAAAACACGAACAAUAGUGAGGGAAGAAAAAAAAUCAAUAUGGAGUUUUUACACAGAAAGUUUAAUAAACCUCACCGGACUGCCUUUACUGAGAGUGACGGCUGUUUGAAAGCUGUGCUACAGAUAUGGUAGCACUUUACUUUACAGUACAGUAAUUACUUAGUGUUUGAUUAAUCACUGACAUAAAAAAAACGACAUGGUAUUAACAUUGUUAUACAUCAAUAGAUGCAAUAAGUAUUACCACAUAUUUAUGUCAUCAGUACAGACAUAUAAUUAAAGGCCUUUAGUUUCAUUAAGCAAAAGGGACAGAAAAUAUCAAUCAAUACUAGAUUAAACCAAAAUAUGAACGUAUUACAAAAAAGUGCCAAUGCAGCGUAACACUGUAAAUACUAGAAACUUCUGGACUGUAAAUAUAAGUGGUAUUAUAGAUUUAAAUCAAUGAUCAAUGCAAAGUUCGUUGUAAAACUUUUAGGGUUAUUCAUGUUCAUGGUUAUGAUUCCUGAACUGUAAAACAAAGUGAUACCACAACUUCAGAGGCAACACUGCAAAAGCUUGUUUGCUAAACCCUUCCAUUGAACAGUGACGCUCCAUCUCGGCUCAGUAGCUUUUACGCUAGACACGUUGUGUGUUGGAGGUUACAACUGAAAUGCUGCUUACUCAUUUCGCAUAGGGUGUUGCCGAACUGCACUGUGGUUCCGUUGCGUCGCAUUGCUCGUGUUUCAUACUGUAGAAGCUAAGCAGAUGUUAACUUUUAUUGCGGCAGUGGAGGCACCAGCCAAUCAAAUCGUGCUUAAACAAAUACUCAAGUGCAGGCGCCAGCCAAUCAAAUCAUGUUAAUGAGGAAAAGGAGCCAGAGGCAACUGGUGAUCCUGGUGUGUGUUUAUCUGGCUGUGGAUUUUAUCUCCUGUGUACUUCUUUUUAGCAUUGCAUUUAUAGCUAGCAUGGCAUGUUAGCACGAAAGUCGGCUAUGCUGUGUGUCUUGAGCAUGAAAGUGUAAUUGUUGUUGUUAUGACAAUCGUACCAGCGCCAGUCAGGCACACCAGAGGUCAAGGGUUAAUGCAUCGUAACGGGCAGAGAUGGUCUGUCAAGUUCCACAAUGAGUAGCGGGCUCCAGGUCUCUAGCAGGAAUGAUUCAUAGACUUUCUAGAUUUCCCAAACCAAAGACUUAAGCUCAGCAUUUUCAGACGAGUCUGAGGGAAAGAUUAUUAAUUGAAACUGUUAAAUUUAGCUUCACUGGCUUGUGAGCUACAGAAAAUCCUCUAGCGACAGGUGUUAGUGCAGCUGUUUGAAAUAAAGAAUCCAUUGUGUCAAUAAUUACUAAGAAAUUCCACCAAUGUUACCACUGUAACCACAACAGCAACCGAGGAGUGCAGGGUUUAGCAAAAAGUCAAUGUUUCUGUGUAAAUUCUUGACCUUUAAGACCCUUAGCUGUUCACUUACUUGGGUUUUUAAGGAGAACCAAUGAGAUGUUUUUCACAGUGUAUAAAUUUACAAGUGUAUUGUACUGUAAAUCUGUUUCCUUAAUGCUAAUAAUCAGACCUGGGUCAGAAGAAGGUUCAAUCACUUAGUUACAACGCAGGUAACUGAAGUGAUACAGAGCAUCGAACAACCCGAACCUUUGGUAUAAUCAGGUAUGGAAGACGUAGAUCAUGACUCCUGACCUUUAUUAUGUUUCUUAAACUUGAAAAUGAAUCGAUUUAAUCCUUUAUAACUUGGAUUAUAUGGUGGUGAACCCUGUGAUGACCCAGGUGUGAUGUUCAUUGGUAUACUGUAUAUUGCGAUGAAUCUUUUACUUACGAUUCUGCACUGCCAAACACCUUCUCUGUGUCUGUCUCUUGUGCUCUUGUGGUAGUAGCACACUAUCUCUGGGUGUCUCUCUCUCCCUCUCAGUGCGGAGGUCAGUUUGCUCUCAGCUCCAUCUGUGCAGGGAGAAGAAAAUUACUACAAAACAUAAACCAGAAGAGGUCUGACAACACCCACGGCCAGUCGAAAAAAAUACAGCUCGUACGUACACAGUAGAGAGGAAGUGUGGAUGGAGAAUCUUUUUUUAGCUUGAGGCAGCAGCCAUCUCUAAUGAACUCUUGUUUAUGAGCUCCAGGAGAUCCAGGUGGAUGUGGCCUCAUGUUGGCGCUGCCUGCAGCUCCUCACAUUAAUACAGGAAAUGGGCGAGAACACAGCGGCUCUGCAUCACUGUGCCCUGCAGCCUGUUUGACAACUCUUUUUAUUACCUAUCACUAUCAGGGUAUUGAGGAACGGUGUGUUAACCAGUCCAGGGAAAUUACACAGUACGCCCCUUGCACAAAAAAUAUAUUUUCCCCAUUAAAUUACAUCAGCUCAUAGUGCUGAAGUCUGGACUUCUGCUUUAUUUCUUGAUGGGACUCGUGAGUAAACUGACCUCCUGAACCUAAUUCUCUUUUUCUGCAUAUUUCUGGGAGCGUAGCUCAUUCUAAAUGGCUCAGUGUGUAGUAACGUGGUUCAAACUAUUGAUGAAGUGAUUCUUGUAAAACCAGUCAGUGAGACGUUUAUUCUGAACUUUGUGAGCAUCCUCUUCACUCUGAGCAAAACGUGUCCGUAUUGGAUACCGGAAAAUGUAAGCACACGGCCACUACUGUCUCUAAAGUCUAGUCACUGGUUUCUAAAUAGCUUUUUAUAUAGCCAAAAAAACUGUCCCUUUGUUUAUCAAAGAACUUUAUCUUGAAGACUGUAUAUUAAAAUCCUAAAUGUUC